AUGUCUCAAAGUUCAGGAAAGAAUGACUCUGUCAAGGAAAAGAUUGAAAGAAUUGCUAAAGGAGUUAAAUGCAUGGGUUUGAAGAGUGGUUCUUCUCAACCAUCUUCUGUGUCAAAGAAAGCUCCUGGGAAGACGAAGACAAGAAACCCAGCAAGAAAGACCUACAUGUCCAAGGUUCAGAACAAAGAACCCACAAAUGUUCCUCACUAUGAGGAUGUUUCUGAUGAAGAGGAAAUCAAUGAUGAAGAUUCUCCUGUGAAAUCGUCUCCUGAUGUUGUGCUCGAUGUUGAGACAUCUAGGUCUAAGGAAAUUUAUGAUCAAGAAAAUCUUGGAAAGGAUUCACUUCUCAUGAAGACUCAGGAUGCUGAUCCAAAGAAUGGCAAUUCUGAGGAUACCAAUUCUGAAGAGCCAACCCAGGCUCCAGCCCCUGUUCAGGACAUCUCUGAUGAUGAUUCUGAUGAUGUUCCCCUGGCUAAGUCCAUUCCUGAUAGCGUUGUCACUCCUACUCCGCCAAAGAGAUCCAAAUCCUCUCCUGUGACUUACAAGUCUAGACAAGCGACUGUGAAAGGUAAGGGAAAGCAAAAGCUUGUGAGAGAAUUCUUGGUAAAUCUCUCUGUGGAUGUUGGACUUCCUGAGAGUGAUGAAUUCAGGAAAGUCUUUGUGAUGGCUGAAUGUGCUGUGUUCUCACUUGCUAUAAUCAAUCAAGCACUUGGAAGAAGUGCUAUUGAAUUUGCUGAUGAAGACGUGUCCAUGGAUGCUAUUGCCAAGGAACUUACUGCUGGUCAUGUGAAGAAGUGGCCUCACAAGAAAUUGUUGUCUACUGGGAAUCUCAGUGUGAAAUAUGCAAUCCUUAACAGGAUUGGUGCUCAGACAUUGAAGUAUGCUGAUACUUGUGAUGUGGAGUUGCCUGGAGAUCAUUCUCAACCAGCAUCCUCAGAUACUCAGGGCUGA